AUGGCAGCGGCCUUCCUCAUUCUUGCCUGCCUAGCAUCAGCUGGACCGGUCGCGUACGGCAUCUGCCAAGGUGGCUGCUCUGCAGUCGUAAUGGCAUGCUACUCAGCAGCCGGCUUUACCUGGGGUGCCACUCUGGGUGCCACUGCUCCCGCUACUGUCGUUGCCUGCAAUGCAGCUUUUGGCACUUGCCAGGCGGCGUGUGCGGCUGUCCUUCUGGCUCCGACUUUGUAG